AUGAAUUUACUGAACAACGUGAACAAGGGCAAGAUUGCAUAUCUGAAUGUUGCAAACAUGAUCUCCCAAAUCCUUACGAUCCAAAUAUUGACUUCCAUUCAACCAGCAAGAGACAAGGACAGCAAACUCGGUCAUUUUCUUCCAACUGGUUCAAGGAAUAUAACUGCAUAUCCAUCGGUAUUUAAUAAGAAAGCCGAACCCGCAUUUACUGAGGGUGUUGCAAUUCGCGGACACACUGAAGAGGAAGGAAACCUUUACCAGGUUCUUAAAUGCAGGUGUGAAGGUGUGCCUGGUCUUGAAGCAUGGUUAAGAAAGGGAGUGUACAGAUCACAUGACAUAAUCAACGAAUUGAUCGAAUUGAUGUGUAUGAAAGUCUUGAGAAAACUACUUGCAGAAAUUCGGGAUGCUGAAUGGUACUCAAUUAUUGCUGAUGAAACCCGAGACCUAAGCGGUGCUGAGCAGUUUUCAGUUUCCAUACGUUGGGUAGACUCGGAGUACAACAUUUCGGAAGAUCUGAUUGGAAUGGUUGAAGUAGAGAACACAACUGCAGAAGUCCUAACAUCGGUAAUUAAGGACACUUUGUUACGUUGUGUUCUUCCGCUUUCUCAGUGUCGUGGACAAGCAUACGAUGGGGCUGCCAAUAUGGCAGGGUGCAUUAGCGGUGUUGCAAAGCGCCUUCAGGAGGACGAGCCGUCUGCACUCUUUGUUCAUUGCUUGGCACAUAAUCUCAAUUUGUGUCUGCAGGAUUGCGGGCGUCAGUGCGAUGCAGUUUAA